GGAGCGGCGGGGCCGCCACCUCCGGCCGGUGGAGUCGGUUGCGUAGCGGGCGUACGGCCUGCUGCCACCCAGCUGCGCCUCGGUACCCCGUCGCCAUCUCCCAGCCUGGUCCGACGCGGGAAGCGGCGGCGGGAGAGGCGGAGCCGCCAGAGCGUGGCCCAGGCCGGCCCCGCGGGGCGGUGGCUGCCGAGACGGCGGCUCCGGGCCCUGCUGGCCGAGCGCACCCCGCCCACCGGAGAUGAGCGGAAGAUGUCCGUGUCAGGGCUCAAGGCCGAGCUGAAGUUCCUGGCGUCCAUCUUCGACAAGAACCACGAGCGCUUUCGCCUGAUCAGCUGGAAGCUAGACGAGCUGCAUUGCCAGUUCCUAGGGCCGCCGCCGGCGCCGCCGCUCACCCUGCACUGCAACAUCACGGAAUCUUACCCAUCUUCUUCACCAAUAUGGUUUGUGGACUCUGAUGACCCAAAUCUGACAACUGUUCUAGAACGUCUAGAAGAUUCUAAGAACAGAAAUUCGCUUCGUCAGCAAUUGAAGUGGUUGAUAUGUGAACUCUGCAGUUUAUAUAAUCUUCCUAAACACCUGGAUGUUGAGAUGCUAGAUCAGCCACUACCAACGGGUCAGAAUGGGAUAACAGAAGAAGUGACUUCAGAAGAAGAGGAAGAGGAAGAAAUGGGUGAAGAUAUAGAAGACUUGGAUCACUAUGAGAUGAAGGAAGAAGAGCCUGUUAGUGGGAAAAAGUCAGAAGAUGAAGGAAUUGAAAAAGAAAAUUUGGCAAUAUUGGAGAAAAUUAGAAAGACUCAAAGACAAGAUCAUCUAAAUGGUGCAGUAUCUGGGUCUGUGCAAGCUUCAGAUAGACUUAUGAAAGAGCUCAGGGACAUAUACAGAUCACAGAGUUAUAAAACAGGAAUUUAUGCAGUGGAACUCAUAAAUGACAGUUUGUAUGACUGGCAUGUUAAACUCCAGAAGGUCGAUCCUGAUAGCCCUUUGCACAGUGAUCUUCAGAUCUUGAAAGAAAAAGAAGGCAUAGAAUAUAUAUUGCUUAAUUUCUCUUUUAAGGAUAACUUUCCAUUUGAUCCUCCAUUUGUCCGAGUAGUGUUACCUGUUCUCUCAGGAGGGUACGUGUUGGGUGGUGGCGCAUUAUGUAUGGAACUCCUCACAAAACAGGGCUGGAGCAGUGCUUACUCGAUAGAAUCAGUCAUCAUGCAGAUCAAUGCCACAUUAGUCAAAGGCAAAGCCAGAGUGCAGUUUGGCGCAAAUAAGAACCAGUAUAAUCUAGCAAGAGCCCAACAAUCUUAUAAUUCCAUUGUACAGAUACAUGAAAAAAAUGGCUGGUACACCCCUCCAAAAGAAGAUGGCUAAAUGUGUUGAUUUGUGUAUGUUUGGACUAAAGUUGCUUUAAGGAAAAAUUUUCCAACAUGCAGACAUGAACUUUGAGUGCCCCUACAUUAGCAGUACUGAAGAUGUUAGCUAAUAGAAAUUUUAGUGGAUAAUUGUCCACUGACAUCCAAUGUAAGUUGCAGCCCUUUCAUUUUGCUCUUUGUUAGGUAUAUCUUAGAAUGAGCAGUGGGGCCUUUACUGUAUUCUCCCUGACAAAGACACAUGCUGGUUACUCCUUAUCAUCCCUUUGUGAGACCUGUGAAGCAGGCCAGUCAACAUCAAGUUACUGAGGUUGCAGCUUUAGGGUAACUCUUCUGUAUUGGGCUUUUGCAUUCCAAGGACUUACAAUAUAUUGUUCCAUUUAGAGCCAAUAAAAGUUUACUCAAUAUUUAAUAUUGGUUUAGAAAAUUUAAGGUCUUCUAAAUCACAGUAACUUUUUCAGGUUAAAACCCUUUUAUGAUACUGCCAAAAUGAUGACAGGAAACCUACUCAUUAAAGCAUUAAGCCUUUUUUUAUGACUAUGAAAAUAUGGACUGUUGUCCUGAACAUAUGCUCUUCACUGAGUUGAAUACAUUUUUGGCAAAAAUGAAGCAAGGCUAUGCCAAUUAAAGCUCGUAAGUAGUCAUUUCCACUGGGGUAUCAGAUUCUUCCUGGGCUGAGUCUGCUUCUUGUUGGUUCAUUAUUUCUUAUGAAGAAGAGCUCAGCAUAGAGCUUGAAGUUAUUUUAAAAACUAAGUCAUUUUAUAUACCCAAUUGAUUAACGGGCUGUUGGAAUCAUUUAUAAACUAAUAAAACUCAUAUAAUAAUCGGCACAAAGAUGGACUCAUUGAGCAAAAAUCUGCACCGUUGAGUACAAAAAAAUCUAUUUUGGAUAGCCUUUAACAGUGGGUUUUACAUCAAGAUACUAAUAGGAACUCCACAUAUAAUAAUUAUUUUAUAAAAUCUGACUCAAAUCAUUGUGUUUUCCACUUUAUUGCCUUACCUGAAUCAGUCCUGUUUGGUUGGUAAUAGAUUUUUUUUACUAUACCAAGUUUAGAAGUACAUUCUGGUUAUUAAGCACUUUUAAAAAGAAAUCAAGAAGCACAUUUUUCUGCACAAACCAAUUACAAAGUUCAGAGUGUUUCAUAUGCACAUCUGAGAGACUUGUCUCUGCAUUGUGUGUUUAAUUUUAUUCUAUUUUGGUUUCAUUUGUGUAAAGUUCUGAUUGCCAAAAUCUUUAAAGUGUUAAAAAGUUCCUUAACCCUAAGGCUAAAUCUUGAACACAUUACUGAAUUCUUUAGUAUCCUGGUGGGUAACAGAUAGACAGCUACAAGUUUGGCACGCUUUGUGGGGUUUUUAUAUAUAUAUAUAUAUAUAUAUUUCAUUGCAGAUUUAUUUGGCAAUGUACAGUAGAUUUUGUAAACUUGCAUCAAGUUUAUGAAUAAAGAACCAUUUUAA